AUGCGCAGUCUUGGCCUCUCUGACAGUGAGAUAACCAAAUUCUGUGAAGAAUCUGAAUGGUUGAACUUCUUCCCUCCAAUGGCAAUGGAAGACCUCAAGGCUUUUGGCUUGGGAUGCGACUGGAGCCGAUCCUUUAUUACUACAGACAGGAACCCAUAUUUUGAUAAGUUUGUGGGGGUGGCAAAUGAGGAAAUGAAAGACAUGGAUAAGGUUGUGAAAGCGAAACGUUAUGCAAUCUAA